AUGCGGCCAGCUCAAUGGCUGCUCCUGACCUCGUCGACCCGGGCACCUCUCGGCCGGCCCACGAAGAUAGCACGGGCUAGCCUUCGGAGCGCAGUCCCUUGUCGUGUCCAUCGUGGCACCAAAUCCGACCCAAUUCAAGCACGGGAUCCCAAUGAGCUGUCCCGCGUCUCGCACGAGACGGGCCCUUUCAUCUUCCACCUGACCUCGGACAAUCCGUACCUCAACCUCUCGAUAGAGCACUUCCUGCUCACCAAGUCGCAUCCCGACUCGCACAUCCUCCUGUUCUACACCAACCGACCCUGCGUGGUUGUUGGCCGCAAUCAGAACCCAUGGCUCGAAGCGGACCUUCAGAGGUUGCGAGAGGGGAUACCUGUUGAGAAGCCCGUGGCGGCGGAAGCAUUCAGAAGACGAGACGAGAACUGUUAUACUUCGGCGACGGGCUCGCCAUCGAGGUUUCCGCACGGCCAGGGCAAUGUGUCCUCAGGCGUCGUGCCCGUCGACCUCGUCCGCCGCCGCAGCGGAGGCGGCACUGUCUUCCACGAUUCGGGAAACCUCAACUACUCCGUGAUAGUCCCGAACAGCAAAGCCUUCAAGAGGAGCACCCAUGCCGAGAUGGUGGUGCGGGGCCUCGAAAGCCUUGCGAGUGCGAGUGCGAGUGCGAGAUUUACGUCCCCGACCUGGGGUGCCACACGCGGGAAAUACAGCUUCAGCUCGGUGCGGGUCAACGAGCGCAACGACAUCGUCAUGCAGCAAUCAGCCGGAGCCGAGUGGGUGAAGGUCAGCGGCAGUGCGUACAAAUUGACCCGGGGCCGCGCCCUGCAUCACGGCACAUUGCUCUACUCGAGCCCCUACGUGGACAGAAUCUCCGAGUUGCUGAGAAGCCCCGGCCGGGGCCUCAUCCGCGCCAAGGGGGUGGAGAGCGUGCGCAGCAAGGUCGGGAAUCUCGCGUGGACGCCCGACGCCCGCGAGAGGGAGGCCAUCAGAGCAGAGAUCACGGAAGCCAUCGCGCGGGAGUUUUGGACCAUGUACGGAGGUGACCGUGCUCGCGAACCCGGGGUCGACGAGAUCACCCUCGCAGCCGGCGCGGAAUGGCGCCACGAGCUGAACCCCCAGAUCGCAUCCGGCGUGCAAGAACUCACCUCGCCGAGCUGGAUCUUCGAACAGACGCCCAGAUUCGACUUUGCCAGCGGCGUGCUUGAGCGUCACGAGGUCGAACUCUGCGCGAACCGCGGCGUCUUGAAAUCCUUGACGCUGCGAAGCCCAGUUCCCGACCCGGAACGGCGCGGAAAGGAGGUAGUCUGGACAACGCGCAAGUUACGAUUUGGAAAUCAGGAAGGAUCAGACAGGGCGAUGGAAAAGAGAGCGGAGUCAGAAGAAGGGGUCGAGGUGGUGCUAGAUGGGGAAGUCAAGUUGCAUGAUGUGAAGAGCUGGAGGGACUUGCUCAUGGCUUGCGCUGGGAAGGGUGCAAGAGAUGGCGCGAGCUCGACGGCCACGGAUAUCACCACCGUCGCGGUAAAGGCGAAUGUGCCGGACGCGCUGGUGCAGAGACUCGAGGCGAUAUUUCCCAGAUAUAAACCGGGCCGUUGA